AUGCCGAAGUCGACGUCUAUUUUUGGCGACGUGGAAGCCAGUGCUACUUAUUCAGACGCAGCCAAUUAUCCGACAUGGUUUCAUUUUGUUGCCUCGGUACAAGGUGUUCUGGCGCUCCUUUUAUGCGUUUUUGUCAUCCUGGGAUACGUUGCGGAGGCACUGCGAAUACCAAUUGUGGUACUCUUCCUGUUCGAAAUUUUCAUUGCCUCUAUUGGUCUUACGGCUAUCGCAUAUGAUCGCCGAGAUUAUCACGCGAUGUACAUAAUUGUGAAUGCUGUUACCGGGAUAUCGGCGAUUAUUUGGGUAGUGUUCCUCUUCGUGAAUAAGAAUCAGCAUUCACUGUGUGCGAAAAUCGUGCUCAUUUUGCUAGCGGUUUUCUCGUGUUUGGUAACAGUGAUUCUGAUAUUUUGCGCCAAUCGUAAAGUACCAAAGCUUCUCCAAAAAUCGAUCUGCCUAAAAGCAUUCAGCAUAGACGCAGCCAAUUAUCCGACAUGGUUUCAUUUUGUUGCCUCGGUACAAGGUGUUCUGGCGCUCCUUUUAUGCGUUUUUGUCAUCCUGGGAUACGUUGCGGAGGCACUGCGAAUACCAAUUGUGGUACUCUUCCUGUUUGAAAUUUUCAUUGCCUCUAUUGGUCUUACGGCUAUCGCAUAUGAUCGUCGAGAUUAUCACGCGAUGUAUAUAAUUGUGAAUGCUGUUACCGGGAUAUCGGCGAUUAUUUGGGUAGUGUUCCUCUUCGUGAAUAAGAAUCAGCAUUCACUGUGCGCGAAAAUCGUGCUCAUUUUGCUAGCGGUUUUCUCGAUUUUUGAACUCAGUGACAUCAAUAUUGCACAUUUUUUUAAUAUUUUGCCCGAAUUCUUUUUAGUGGAAGACGAACGAAGCGCGAAGCCGAUAAAAACAAAAGAAACCGGCUCCAAUGAAUCCGUUAGAAAUGCUGAUGUGAGGCGUUCAGCCGGCAGAUCAGUUCAGACUCCUCCGUCAUUCCGGACUCCGAUAACCACAAGCUCGAAGAUGGCUGGAACCGCAAUCGAACGCUCUCUACAUUCGAAGCUGGAGACCCAGCUGCAGGACGAUUCCAAGUCCAUUUUAUCAGCUGCGUCCAGUGGCACAUCGGACGAAAAAACAAUGCGCGGAGCAGCAGGACUAGACACCGGAAUCGUGGAAGACGAACGAAGCGCGAAGCCGAUAAAAACAAAAGAAACCGGCUCCAAUGAAUCGGUUAAAAAUGCUGAUGUGAGGCGUUCAGCCGGCAGAUCAGUUCAGACUCCUCCGUCGUUCCGGACUCCAAGCUCGAAGAUCGCUGGAACCGCAAUCGAACGCUCGCUACAUUCGAAGCUGGAGACCCAGCUGCAGGACGAUUCCAAGUCCAUUUUAUCAGCUGCAUCAUCUGGCACAUCGGACGAAAAAACAAUGCGCGGAGCAGCAGGACUAGACACCGGAAUCGAAAAGUCGGAACUGGAGCUGGCUCGUUCGGAAAAAAUGACCGUUUCGCACAAGAGCAAUAGCAGCACCAAUUUUAUCACAUUUAAUAAGUGGCGACAGUUUUACGUCUCUCCAACGAUCUAUUCGCCCAGCACUGUGCCAGGUGCUGCUGUUGGUCGAAAUGGCCGUGAUCGUUUACGUGGCAAAUUGAUGGUGAAGAAAAAGUACGGCGAGAAGAAGCCGGAUCGUACUUUAUUUUUUUAG